AUGGAUGACACAAAUAUUUUCAUGACUCUCACCCCCUAUGAUGAAUGGGGACUAACCAUCGACUCAUUCACUUUGCCACAUAAUAUUGCUCGAUAUGUAAAGCCGUCUCCUGUCAGCCGUGAGACGACCCCGAGUGGAUCCGGCCACGACGACACUCCAGCAAACGAACUGGAAUACUUCCACCGCAUCCAACUGCGGUUUGACCAGGAGACCAGAGUCAAAGGUCGUGUCACAUUUGGGAGUGAUCCGGGCCAGUGUGAUGUCCUUCUUGUGUCGCGCAGACCGCGGUUUUAUAUCUCUUUCGACAAUGAACAACGGCCCGCCAUUUGGGAUGAGUCUAACAAUGGUUUCACUGUCAGCUACGACGGGCAAGCGAAAGAUGACCUUCGCAGUCAGUUCAAGUGGAUCUUGUUCUCCAAGUACCGGACGAUCAGAGUUACGAUACCGCUCCGAAAUAACCGGAAGCUCGCCUUUAACGUCCACCUCCCUCGGCAUUACAAGAAACAUUCGAUAGAAUACGAAAAUAAUGUCAAGAGAUUUAUGGCCGGUGCUCCUCCUCCACAUGAAGUGGCCUUCCACAACCUAGCCCUCCGCAGUCCGGGAACCUCAUUCGCGCCGAGUGAAUCGCUCUCUCCAAGCAAACGUCCGAUCUAUUUGAAGAGCAAAGUACUGGGAAAGGGCGCUUUCGGACAGGUGCGGAAGCUGGUGGAUGCUAGUACUGGACAUGAAUACGCUGGGAAAGAGUUUUCCCAGGACCAAGGUUGGGAAAAAGAGAUUGAGAUCAUGAAAAAUCUCCGCCAUGACCAUAUCGUAAAUUUCCACGACUUCACGAGGUCGCCGAAUCCCCUUCUCGUGAUGGAAUACGUACCCCUGCGAAGUCUACAGACACAACACGAUAUUUCUGCAAUCACCGACGACGAAAUGAUGGUCGUCUUCAACCAGGCCCUAGAAGGACUUUCUUAUCUCCACCACCAAAACAUUACGCAUCGAGAUUUGAAACCCGAAAAUAUCCUCAUGCGCUCGAGGACGCCCGUCGACAUCAUACUGGCAGACUUCGGACUAGCACAGAACAGGGAACGUCUGAAGACUUUCUGUGGAACUCCGAUGUACGCUGCUCCGGAGAUUUUCAAUGAUCGGCCUUACACUUGUGCUGUGGACAUAUGGUCCCUUGCCGUGGUUGUGAUGGACUUCGUUCAUGGGCUCCCUAAGCAUCCCGAGAUCGGGCAUCAGAACCCGAAAGGGGAAGUUCAAUUCUGGGGCAAGACCUGGUGUCGAUAUGUCAUGAAGAAGGCUGAAGAUUGGGACUCGGAUCGGUUAAUCGAUUUUCUGACCAAGUAUAUGCUCAAAUUGGAGCCUCUGGAGCGACUGUCGGCGGCCGAAUGUCUGAGAACAGCAUCAGAAAUAGGUCUGUUCCACAACCCAUUACAGACAGGAAACCUCACACCCCGAGCAGAACCCGUCAGGCACACGGGUGACGUUGACACAGAUGAUGCGUCGACUAUAAGGGAACCCUCUGCUGAUACAUCUGCGAGAGACCAGGGGUGUGCAUCGCGAUCCAGGGGCCCUUCACCUCCGUUUAUCGCUCAACAUGGCCGACUUGAACAUUGGCGCAGGAGAGUCGAGACCUACGAGGAGGGUGAAGACGCCCCUUCCGCCUCGGUGAUAGACUACAACAACCGUGCUCCUAAACGCAGACGGACUACGAAUGAUUUCGACCUGGACCUCGGCAUUCCAGGCUCAUUUGACAAAGAUCAUCCUUCUCAAAGGCCACGUUUCGGGAGCAAGAAAACAUUGCUGGAUGAGGCAGACGAUAGCGCAAGACGCGUUAUAUCAAUUAACAUGUCCGUUCACAGCGAUCGUGUUUCAGGCAUACUCCUAGUUCCACAGCCUCUGGAGAGACAUGGCCAGUUCGUUGUGCAAUUCGUGGAGAAACACCAAGCCAUCUUGCGACUGACAGAUGCUCGAGUGAAUUUUACCGCGGAUACGUCGACCACGGGACCUUGGAUCGACAUUUCAACUGCACGCGAGCUAUGCGCAGCUGCCAGUCUCGGCCAAUGGUUUCGACCGCUUUUGGCCUUUGGAGAAGCUCAAGAACCUCAAGAAGCUCAGAUCUCGUCCAAAAUGCCCGAUACACUACAGCGAAAGGAUAUUGCCACUGACUUUGGUCAGCAUAAUGAAUUUUCAGAAUUUGGCGAAUUGUCGCACAACAAAACUCGACAGAAGGACAAGUUCAAACUGCUCAAUUGUGAUAAAGACAUUGUGGCAGUCAGACAGCAUGAUUGGAGCGUCAACAUAACCCAUAUCUUCAAAGCAUCACCGGCGCAUAACGGGUAUAGUCGAUUCCUCUCGAAAUUCAAACAGAAAAUCCCUUGUCUCGAAGUUGUGAGAGGUGAUCCGCAGAUUGCAGGAUCCUAUGCACAUAUAUCCCUGGCGGUCAAUCUCUCGCAUUUACUUGGCUUGACCUCGAUCGCUAGGGCUCUCGUCAAAUUGGCUUAUAAUCCGGGCGGACAGAAUGAAGAAGUCUUCGGCGACAAUCUGCCACGUCUCGACCAAGAACCUUUGCCGGCAGCACAACCUGAGAGCGUCCCGACAGAAGCCGGGGCAGCCAUCGAUCUUGAUUGUGGCGACACUUUCAACGCAGACAUAAACUUCUCUGAGGUGGACAGACUAUUACAAAUGUCCCGGCCGUCCUUCAGAUUUAUGACGCCCUCGCAGCCCUCAUGCUAG